AUGCUGUUUCAAUCAGUCAGUAGAUCAUCAGACAAUAGAUCACCAUCACCCUCUGCCACAUCUCAGAAUGACAACGUCAUGAGGUUCUUCCAGGGCAUACCAUCAUCUUCCCCAUCGUCAGCAACGACAACAACUGCAAACAUCCAACAACAAUCAACAUCGCCACCAAACUCACAAUCAAAUACCGUAUCUUUUAUCGAGAACUCUUUCCAACAAACAACUCAACUUUCAUCCUCUGAGGGUAUUGACAAACCAAAGUCAACAGGAAAGGCAUCUAUUGGUGGAGCAUUGCUCACAAAUUUGAGUCAACAAUCCUCCAAUGUCAUCAGCCAUGCCGGUGUCUAUCUACAUGGCAAGAGUAUAUCUGUGGACGAAGCACAGCCAAUGAAGAAAUUGGUCGACCUGGAAUCACAACCAAUCACUCUGAUACCUUCAACAAUCAGGUACCUGUGGGGCUCACUGAUCUCUGUCAAUGACAACUUUAUCUGCUACGUCGUCAAGAAUGAGAAGAUUAGAGUGUUGCAACGGUCGUCCAUACAACGUGCGCUCAUCAAGGACAUUCAUGGAAUAGUCACGGACAUCCAGUUCAUUGACGACAAAGUUGAUCUACUAUCCUGCACAACCGAGAAUGGAAUCGUCUACAUCUUUGACAUUGGGGCGACAAGCUCCACCAUCAACCCCCAGCUUCUGUAUCAGUACAAAAUCGCGCCAAACUCCAACGAGGAACAAAAACCACUACUCACACCAAAGGUCUGCUGGUCGCCAGAGGCGUCACGCUCCAACAUUUCUUUCACCGUUGCUGGUGGAGGACUCUCCUCUCUCAUGGUCUUUGGACCAGAGUCAACGAGCACUGGUCGCUGGAAUCACAUAACACUAGCCUCUUCCUCAAACACCAUCGGCUAUGACGCAAGCGGCAAGCGUCUAGUCUACGGUACGGAGGGUGGAGUGGUUGGUGUGUACGACCUUUCGCAGAACAGGACAGAGUCAGAGCACACCUAUAGCUCGAUGGUCACGUUUGUGUCAUUCAUUGAUGACAAGAAGUUGUUGGUGGGACUUGAUAACAACAGGGAGAUACAUGUUGUGUCGCUUCCAAAGUUUGAAACCAUCCAGACGCUUCGAAUCAUCAAUGGCACCAUGACCCAGUCAUUGAUGGCACCAAUCAUACUAGCCUAUAAGGAUUCAUUCUUGUUUGCCAUAUACACCACCUGCUCAAGGGGCUACAUUCUGCACGUGGAGUCCGAGUCGACGAGCUCAACACACUUUGACUACAUCUCAGAGUUUGAUCUGAAGAAGCCAUUGCUCAGCUUCACAGUGCGUCCAGCCAUCCUGGACUCAAAGCCAUCUGGUUCCACACAGUUGGGCGCCGCCGAGGAGGAGCGCAAGGACAAGAAGUUCAACUUCUUUAGUGUUCAGGAUCAUGCCGUCAACUUCCACUCAAUCAUAGAGUCGGCCAUCUAUUUACCAACCGACUCUUAUUCAACCGAUGACUCUACGAUCACACAGACCGGAAGCAUUGGUCAACAAUCAAGUCUAUCUUCAUCCGGAUCAAUUAAUAGGUCUGCUGCCCCUCAACAGGUCAGUUCAAUCGAUGAAGAACUAUUGACCCCAGGCAAGCUAUUUGUACCAUCAUCUCCACCACCUCUAUCACUACCGGAUCCAAGUCUGCUCACAGUCGAACAACAACUCGACAGUACCGAUGGCCAAGUUCCCCAACAACAACAAAAGACCAUCUCUACCAAGUCACUGAACAAAAAUGGCAAGGUGUCCUUGAACUCUGCAGAAGCUCUUCUUCCAGUUGCAGACAUCACCAACCCUGAACCCUUGUUGAGUCCAAGUGCCAUUCUACAGCAACAGCAGCAGCAGCAACCAAAUGAACUGAAAACACAAUCACCAACACCAACCAGACAAGACAAGUCUGUUGUUUCCACUUCACCAAAGCCAGCACCAAAGUCACAGACACCAUCCAAGACCAAAGUCAAUGUUACGCCUUUGUUUAAGCAAGCCACCAUCAACAUUCCAUCCACAGCAGCACCGACAACAACGACUUCCACCAAUCAAGUAGCAGCAACACAACCAUCCCCUCCACUACCAACCUCCACGACACCAUCAAAUGGACAGCCUGAAACAUCUCCACUCUCGACGCACGACAACUCACCUCCAACAUCGAGCCUUACUGGAUCAUCAGAUGUCCUCCUCCAACAACAAGGAAUCCGUUCGGACCAGCUGGUCAGUUCACUGCAGGCUACGAUCCACAACACAGUCAAGGCAGUGCUCAAAAAGGAGUUGGCACCAAUCAUUGAGAAGGGAAUAGCCACGUCACAGGAGGCUCUGAUGGCCAAGACCACUCAAGAGGUGAUGAAAAAGGUGACUGCCAAAUCUGACGCUGCAUUGAAGACCUCUGUCGAUUCGAUAAGUUCCCAACUCAAAGCAACAAUCAAUGAGUCUGUAUCUGCCACUGUCAAGCCAAUGGUCGAGACCAUCUUUAUGAACUACUUCCAGACAGUCCUGGUGCCAGGCUUUGAGAAGAGUUGCAACCUGAUGUUCAAGCAUCUCAGCGCUUCGUUUGAGAAAGGCAUGACCGAGUCGAUUCAGUCCCAAUCGACUAGCACACAGACUCAGCUGCAGUCCAUCAAGACACUGACAGACCAGCUGAAGCAAGAGAGAGAAGCACACGAUCAGGAAAUCACCAGUUUGACCAAGAAGCAACAAGAUCUCCAGAGUGAUAUGAAGUACAUGAUGUCAUACCUUGGUCUUCCACCACCCCCAUCAGCAGCAGGUGCCGGUCUCGUACACCCAACACCAACACCUCAAUCACCAAUCAAUGGUAUCUCUGCCCCACCCCAACAUGCUUCACUCAUGAACAAUAUCUAUAUGCAACACCAACAACAACAACAACAACAGCAACAAAGACAAUUCUUCUCACCACAAGCAACAGUGGUGCUACCUGUAGCACCACAGCGUCCAAGACUUCAGGCCUAUCCCGAUCUGAAAUCAAUGGUGGACAGCGGAAACUAUGUCGGAGCAUUCAACCAAGCACUCAAUGCCUCCAAUGUGGCAAUGGUUGCCGAUCUCUGUGCCUCACUGGACACAUCGGACAUCUUUUCACAGCAGCAUGCCAAGGUGCUACCCAACGCAACCACACUCUCAUUGAUUCACCAACUAUCGCACGACCUCUCUACCGAUGUGGACCUCAAACUCAAGUGGAUCAAGGAGGCCCUUGGACAAUUGGAUUCAUCUGAUCAGGCCAUAAUGAGUGUUAUUGCUCGUGUGAUGAAUGGUCUCAAGCAAAAGAUUGAACAUCACCCAUCUCUCUCCUCAAAGGACUACUACACCCAACCAAUACUUGCUUCAGUCCGUUACAUCCUUAGUUCCGUUGGACACUGA